GACAUUGAAGGAGGCAGAAAUCAUGAGGCAGAAAUCAUUCCGUGGAGUAUGGAAACUACCCGGAGGGCCCAAGGUUUAGGGACAGGUGCAGCCAGGCACAGUAAAAGGUCAGAGCAAGAAAAACAAGGAAGAUAUCUGUGGUCAUGCACCUGAGUCCCCACCCCGGACUUAUGCAAACAAUUCCCAGAAAUAGCUGAGCUCAUAACAGUUUCUAGGGUGCCCCUCAGCAGUUUCUAGAACCCUCUCGUGACCAGAGUUUUUAUUCAAACUAACCAAUGAUCUUGCUCCUCGCUUCUGUACCCGCGCUUUUUUGCUAUAAAAUGAGACCAAAGAAUCCACCCGGCGCGCCAGUCCCUCUAGGUGACUGAGUCGCCCGAGUACUCGUAAGUUCAAUAAACCUCUUGCUAUUUGCAUCCGGAGUUGUGUUCGCGUUGAUCCUGGGAGGGUUUCUCAAGGUCGGUGGACUACCCGAACAUUGGGGUCUUUCAUUUGGGGGCUCGUCCGGGAUCUGAGAUUCCCACCCAAGGACCGCCGAACCACCGACGGGAGGUAAGCUGGCCAGCGAUCGCUCUAUGUUCUCUCUGUGUCUGACUCCGAAAACUCUGACUGUCUAUUCGGUGUGCGCGCAUUUUUGGUUUCAGUUUAUUCCGGGUUAAUCGAUCUAAGAUCGAGGCGUGAGUAGCGGACAGACGUGUUCGGGGGCUCACCGCCCGGCAAUCCUGGGAGACGUCCCAGGAUCAGGGGAGGACCAGGGACGCCUGGUGGACCCCACGGCAAGGGAUAAUUCUCUUCUGAUCUCACAGUUGCACUGUCUUGAGAGACAUACCCUACCUUCUGACUCUUUUUCCUGUCUUUUUAAUAUACGUCUACGCCGCCAUAUAAUUUUUUUUCCUUUUUAUUUCAAUAAUAAUCAUUAUCUGGGUCGUAAUUCCACUCUUCGGGACCCCCAGAAUGGGACAGGGUGAGUCGACCCCUCUCUCUCUUACACUAGAUCACUGGAAAGACGUGAAGACAAGGGCUCACAAUCUUUCCGUGGAGAUAAGAAAGGGAAAGUGGCAAACCUUCUGUUCCUCCGAGUGGCCCACGUUCAAAGUGGGAUGGCCACCGGAGGGGACUUUUAAUCCUUCUAUUAUUUCUGCAGUCAAAAGGAUUGUCUUCCAGGAGACUGGAGGACACCCGGACCAGGUUCCCUACAUCAUAGUUUGGCAGGACCUCUCCAACAGCCCCCCCCCAUGGGUGCCACCCUUAGCCAAGAUCGCCGUUGCCUCUGGUCAAGAUAACGGGCGAAAGUCGGCGGGGGGGAGGCCGUCCGCUCCUUCCCGGCUCCCCAUCUACCCGGAGACGGACAGCCUGUUCCUCCUCUCAGAACCCCCGCCCUAUCCAACGUCCCCUCCACCUCCCCCAGCCCCUCACGCGGCCAGACCAGCGCCAGGCCUAAUGGCUGAGGGACUCGGCUCUGAGGGACCGGCCGCUGGAACUAGGAGUCGCCGUCCCCGCAGUCCUACGGGUGACACUGGUCCUGACUCCACUGUGGCCCUGCCCCUCCGGGCCGUGGGACCCCCGGCCGAACCAAACGGCUUAGUCCCCUUGCAAUAUUGGCCUUUCUCCUCAGCAGAUCUCUAUAAUUGGAAAUCUAAUCAUCCUUCUUUUUCCGAGAAUCCUACAGGACUCACGGGACUCCUUGAGUCCCUCAUGUUUUCCCACCAGCCUACUUGGGACGAUUGCCAGCAGCUCCUGCAAGUCCUCUUUACCACCGAGGAAAGAGAAAGGAUUCUUUUGGAGGCUCGCAAGAACGUCCUUGGAGUUAACGGGGCCCCUACACAACUCGAGAACCUCAUUAAUGAGGCCUUCCCCCUUAAUCGACCUCAGUGGGAUCACAACACGGCUGAAGGUAGGGAGCGUCUCCUGGUCUACCGCCGGACUCUAGUGGCGGGUCUCAAAGGGGCAGCAAGGCGCCCCACCAAUUUGGCCAAGGUAAGAGAAGUCUUGCAGGGACCAACAGAACCCCCGUCCGUUUUUCUAGAACGUCUAAUGGAGGCUUAUAGGAGAUAUACCCCAUUUGAUCCCUCUUCUGAGGGACAAAAGGCGGCGGUGGCCAUGUCCUUUAUCGGACAGUCUGCCCCGGAUAUUAAAAAGAAAUUACAAAGACUGGAAGGACUCCAGGACCAUUCCUUGCAGGAUCUCAUAAAGGAGGCAGAGAAGGUAUAUCAUAAGAGAGAGACAGAGGAAGAAAAGCAAGAAAGAGAGAAAAAGGAGACAGAGGAAAGAGAGAGACGGCGUGACAGGCGCCAGGAGAAAAACUUGACCAAAAUCUUGGCCGCGGUAGUAAGUGAGAAAGGGUCCAGAGGGAGACAGGCAGGGAAUCUGAGCAACAGGGCAAUGAGGGCACCUAGGGAAGGAAGACCGCCUCUGGACAAAGAUCAGUGCGCAUACUGUAAAGAAAGGGGCCAUUGGGCAAGGGAGUGCCCCCGGAAGAAGAACGCCAGGGAAACCAAUGUCCUGACCCUGGGUGACUAGGGGAGUCGGGGUUCGGACCCCCUCCCCGAGCCCAGGGUAACGUUAACUGUGGAGGGGAUCCCCACUGAGUUUUUGGUUGAUACCGGGGCCGAACAUUCAGUAUUGACCAAGCCUAUGGGAAAGAUGGGACCCAAACGGACAGUCGUGGCUGGGGCGACGGGCAGCAAAGUUUACCCUUGGACCACCAAGAGACUUUUGAAAAUUGGACAAAAGCAAGUGACCCACUCAUUCUUGGUCAUACCCGAAUGCCCUGCUCCCCUGUUAGGCAGGGACCUCCUCACCAAGCUAAAAGCUCAAAUCCAGUUUUCCACAGAGGGCCCACAGGUAACAUGGGAAGACCGCCCCGCCAUGUGUUUAGUCCUGAACUUGGAGGAGGAAUACCGAUUACACGAAAAGCCGGUCCCUCCUUCUAUCGACCCGUCAUGGCUCCAACUCUUUCCCAUGGUUUGGGCCGAGAAGGCAGGUAUGGGACUGGCCAAUCAAGUCCCACCAGUGGUAGUGGAACUGAAGUCAGAUGCCUCACCAGUGGCUGUUCGACAGUACCCAAUGAGCAAGGAAGCCCGGGAGGGUAUCAGGCCCCACAUCCAAAGAUUCUUGGAUUUGGGGAUUCUGGUACCUUGCCAGUCGCCCUGGAACACCCCUUUGUUACCUGUAAAAAAACCUGGAACCAAUGACUAUCGGCCAGUCCAAGAUUUGAGGGAGGUCAACAAAAGAGUACAGGACAUUCAUCCCACAGUCCCGAACCCCUAUAACCUACUCAGUUCCCUCCCGCCCAGCCACACCUGGUAUUCAGUUUUAGACCUCAAAGAUGCUUUCUUUUGCCUCAAGCUACACCCCAACAGCCAGCCAUUGUUCGCGUUUGAAUGGAGAGAUCCAGAAAAAGGCAAUACUGGCCAGCUAACCUGGACUCGGCUACCGCAAGGAUUCAAGAACUCUCCCACCCUCUUCGAUGAGGCCCUCCACCGGGAUCUGGCAUCCUUCAGGGCUCUCAACCCCCAGGUAGUGAUGCUCCAAUAUGUUGAUGACCUCCUGGUAGCGGCCCCAACGUACCGAGACUGCAAAGAAGGGACACGAAGGCUCUUACAGGAACUAAAGUCAGACGACACCCCAAUACACAUAUGCUCAGAAAUCCUUGCCGAGGAGACAGGAACCCGACCUGAUCUGAGAGAUCAGCCGUUGCCCGGGGUACCCGCUUGGUAUACGGAUGGCAGCAGUUUCAUCAUGGAUGGCAGGCGACAAGCAGGUGCUGCCAUUGUGGACAACACGCGGACGGUGUGGGCGAGCAACCUGCCAGAGGGAACGUCAGCUCAGAAGGCCGAACUAAUCGCCUUGACACAAGCAUUACGCUUGGCCGAAGGAAAAAGCAUCAACAUCUACACGGACAGCAGGUACGCUUUUGCCACCGCUCAUGUUCACGGGGCUAUAUACAAACAAAGAGGACUGCUCACUUCCGCUGGAAAAGACAUCAAGAACAAAGAGGAGAUUUUGGCCCUGCUAGAGGCCAUCCAUCUCCCUAAGCGAGUCGCUAUCAUCCAUUGCCCCGGCCACCAAAGAGGGACUGACCCUGUGGCUACCGGAAACCGAAAGGCCGAUGAGGCCGCGAAACAAGCUGCCCAGUCAACCAGAAUACUGACGGAGACCACGAAAAAUCAAGAACACUUCGAGCCUACACGGGGGAAGAUCAAGCCGAAAGAGCUCACCCCUGACCAGGGAAGGGAAUUCAUUCAACGGCUGCAUCAGCUCACGCACUUAGGGCCAGACAAGCUUCUCCAGCUUGUAGGUCGCACCAGUUUUCACAUCCCGAAUCUCCAGUCUGUAGUGCGUGAAAUCACCAGCAAGUGUCAGGUUUGUGCUGUAACUAACGCAGUCACCACCUACCGAGAGUCUGGAAGGAGGAAAAGGGAAGCUCACCCUCACUGAAGUCUCUGGACUCGGGUUAUGUAUAGGGAAAGUACCUCCUACUCACCAACAUCUCUGCAACCUGACUAUACCCUUAAACGCCUCACAUACUCACAAGUACCUCCUCCCCUCCAACCACAGCUGGUGGGCUUGUAAUUCUGGCCUCACCCCCUGCCUCUCUACAUCAGUCUUCAACCAGUCUAACGAUUUCUGUAUCCAGAUCCAGCUUGUCCCUCGCAUCUACUAUCACCCAGACGGUACCUUGCUACAGGCCUAUGAGUCCCCCCACCCUAGAAACAAGAGAGAGCCUGUCUCACUCACCCUGGCUGUCCUUCUCGGAUUAGGGGUCGCAGCAGGUAUAGGUACCGGCUCGACCGCCCUAAUAAAAGGGCCCAUAGACCUCCAACAAGGUUUGACUAGCCUCCAGAUUGCCAUGGAUACAGACCUUAGGGCCCUUCAAGACUCCAUAAGUAAACUAGAGGAUUCCUUAACCUCCCUGUCUGAAGUAGUGCUCCAGAAUAGGAGAGGCCUUGAUCUGCUAUUUUUGAAGGAAGGGGGCCUUUGUGCAGCCCUAAAAGAGGAAUGCUGUUUCUAUGUUGACCACUCAGGCGCGGUGCGAGACUCCAUGAGGAGACUCAAGGAAAGGUUAGAUAAGAGGCAGUUAGAGCACCAAAAGAAUUUAAGUUGGUACGAGGGAUGGUUCAACCGUUCCCCCUGGCUUACUACUUUACUGUCUGCCCUUGCUGGUCCCCUGCUACUCCUCCUUCUGUUACUCACCCUCGGGCCUUGUGUCAUCAAUAAGUUAGUGCAAUUCAUCAAUGAUAGGGUUAGUGCAGUAAGGAUUCUGGUUCUCAGGCACAAGUACCAGACCCUAGACAACGAGGAUAACCUUUAAUUCUGCUCUAUGAUUAGAGCUACCCUCAAAGAAAAUGGGGGAAUGAAGGAGGCAGAAAUCAUGAGGCAGAAAUCAUUCCGUGGAGUAUGGAAACUACCCGGAGGGCCCAAGGUUUAGGGACAGGUGCAGCCAGGCACAGUAAAAGGUCAGAGCAAGAAAAACAAGGAAGAUAUCUGUGGUCAUGCACCUGAGUCCCCACCCCGGACUUAUGCAAACAAUUCCCAGAAAUAGCUGAGCUCAUAACAGUUUCUAGGGUGCCCCUCAGCAGUUUCUAGAACCCUCUCGUGACCGGAGUUUUUAUUCAAACUAACCAAUGAUCUUGCUCCUCGCUUCUGUACCCGCGCUUUUUUGCUAUAAAAUGAGACCAAAGAAUCCACCCGGCGCGCCAGUCCCUCUAGGUGACUGAGUCGCCCGAGUACUCGUAAGUUCAAUAAACCUCUUGCUAUUUGCAUCCGGA